UCAGGCCCCGCCCCUACGGACGCAUGCUUGGAAGACAUGCGCUUUGCGGCAAAGUCCUCCUUUUCUCCACACACGCUUCUAAGCCUCGGCACAUCUCCUCACAUCGCUACUAACUACACUUUAUUCAUCCUCCGUGUCAGGAUAAACUCCACUCGUCUCAGCCACAUUUGGAGAUUAUUAGGCCCGCUUAGCUUGAUAGUUGUUUGAGCGCGCCAAUUAGCUUAGCAUGCUAGUUAGCUUAGCUUGUUAGCCGCUAACAAAGAGACGCGGAUUUGAUCAACACAUCGCUUAGUUAAGAUCAAGUGUGAGUGUAAAGUGUUGUGAUUGUGUGAAAAUGUGCGAAAGAACGAUAGCAAAGUAUGAGGAGGAACUUUGUUGUGUGAAAAUGUGCGAAAGAACGAUAGCAGAGUACAAAGAGGAACUUUCUCGAACAAAAGAAGAGAACGAGAGACUACGUCAACUAUUGGAGGCUGUUUUCAAGAAACCUCAAGUUGUGUUACACAGAACAGAUGUCUGUAAAAAAUAUCGCCCACCUGAGCAGCAGGAGGGGUCCUCCAGUAUGGAGCAGAAGAAGUCACAGUACCUCCACGUGAAAGAAGAGGAGCCAAAGCCCCCCUACUUUAAAGUGGAGGAAAAACAGCGGCUGUCCCCCCACUUCAUAAAGGAAGAGAAGAGACACCUCGUCAGUGUGAAGAGUGAAGAUGAUGAGGUCAAAGACGUCUGUGAAGAACAUCUUCACCCUGAGCAACAGAAGUGGAGCUUCAGGAUGCGGACGGAGGAGCCACAGCCCUCCCACAUUAAGAAGGAAAAGGAAUACCUUCAGAUCCCCCAUUUUAAAGAGGAAGAGGAGGACCAACUAACACCCCAUUUUAAAGAGGAAGAGGAGGACCAACUAACACCCCAUUUUAAAGAGGAAGAGGAGGACCCACUGAUACCUCUUUUAAAAGAGAAAUCGGUGAAGAGUGAAGAUGAUGAGGUGAAAGGUGAAAGUGAGGAGAGGGGAGGGGGGGAGCCUCCAAGCAGCAGCUCAACACAACACAUGACAACAGAAGCUGAUGGAGACCACUGUGGAGGAUCACAAGCAGACAAGCUCUUAGCUCCACUAUCAGAUAGUGAGGACACAACGUCACACUCUCCUGACACUGAUGAUGAAGACUCUAAAGAUGAUAAGACAUGUCACACUGACAACACUCACUUCACUUGUUCUCACUGUCACAAAACCUUUAAAUACCAUUGUCGUCUGAAAACACACAUGAGAACACACACUGGAGAAAAACCUUUCUCUUGUUCAAUCUGUGGUAAAGGUUUUACACAAAGUAUCAAUUUGAAAGUACACAUGAGAACACACACUUGUGAAAAACGUUUUUCCUGUUCAACCUGUGGUAAAGGUUUUACACAAAGUCAGAGUUUGAAAAUACAUAUUAGAACACACACUAGAGAAAAACCUUUUUCUUGUUCACUCUGUAGUAAAGGUUUUACACAAAGUAUCAAUUUGAAGGUACACAUGAGAACACACACCAGUGAAAAACCUUUUUCCUGUUCAAUCUGUGGUAAAGGUUUUAGAGAAAGUCAACAAUUGAAAAGACACAUGAGAACACACACUGGUGAAAAACCUUUUUCAUGUUCAAACUGCGGUAAACAUUUUACUCAGAGGCCAGAUUUAAAAGUACACAUGAGAACACACACUGGAGAAAAACCUUUUUCAUGUUCUAUCUGUGGUAAAGAUUUUACUCAGAGGCCACAUUUGAAAGUACACAUGAGAACACACACUGGAGAAAAACCUUUUUCAUGUUCAAUCUGCGGUAAAGAUUUUACUCGAAGGGAAAAUUUCAAAAAGCACAUGAGAAUACACACUGGAGAAAAACCUUUUCCUGUUCAAUCUGCAGUAAAUAUUUUGCGCAACGGCACUAUUUGAAAGAACACGUGAGAACACACACUGGAGAAAAACCUUUUACAUGUUCAGUAUGUUGUAAAAGUUUUUUACAAAGUCAGCAUUUGAAAAGACACAUGAGAAGACACCCAGGAGAGAAAGUGUUGAGUUGCAGUGUGUGUGGUGA